GGGCGGCGGCGCUGCGGGGCGGCGAGCACUGCUGUGUAGCAGACUGGGAGCUACUAUGAGCUUGCUGUACAGUGACAGCAGCUGCGGAAGCCGAGAGGCAGAGGGUGGCUGCCGGGCAGCCAUGGCCAGCGCCUGCAGUGCUGCCGUGAAGGACGACAGCAUCAGCAGUACCGGCACCGCCAACCCCCCCAGCUCCUUCACAGAGGAGACCCAAGGCUAUGAUGUGGAGUUUGAUCCCCCUUUGGAGAGCAAAUAUGAAUGUCCCAUCUGCUUGAUGGCUCUGCGAGAGGCAGUGCAGACACCCUGCGGACACCGCUUCUGCAAGGGCUGCAUCGUCAAGUCCAUAAGAGAUGCAGGUCACAAAUGUCCAGUGGAUAAUGAAAUUCUGCUGGAAAAUCAACUCUUCCCUGACAAUUUUGCCAAGCGGGAAAUCCUUUCCUUGAUGGUGAAGUGUCCCAACAAGGGCUGCAGCAUGAAGAUGGAGCUAAGGCAUCUCGAGGAGCACCAGCUGCAGUGUGAUUUCUCCACUGUGGAAUGCCCGCAGUGCCAAGGAGCCGUCCAGAAGAACCAUCUGAAAGAGCACAGGACGCAGGAGUGUCCACGGCGCCAAGUCUGCUGCCCAAACUGUGCCACAUCUAUGGCCUAUGAGGACAAAGAGCUCCAUGACCAAACCUGCCCCUUGGCCAAUGUGUUCUGUGAAUAUUGCAACACGGUGCUCAUCAGAGAGCAGAUGCCUAACCAUUAUGACAAUGACUGUCCCACUGCCCCAGUGCCGUGUUUCUACAGUGCCUUUGGGUGUCCUGAGAAGAUGCAGAGGAAUGAACUGGCACGACACAUGCAGGAGUUCACUCAGGUCCACAUGAGGAUGAUGGCCCAGAGCUUUCAGAACAUCAGCGUCACUGCUGCCAACCCCGUGCCCUUCAUCAACGGCCUGCCCUUCGAGCCUGCCCUCUUCUCACACGUGUCACGUGCCCCAUACGAGUGCAAUCCAGAUGUGGAAAACUUCAAAGAGACCAUCCAGCAGCUGGAAGGUCGCCUGGUGAGGCAAGACCACCAGCUGAGAGAGCUGAUUGCUAAGAUGGAGACUCAGAACACUCACAUGGCAGAGCUGAAGCGCACCAUCCGCAGUCUGGAGGGGAAGGUGGCUGAGCUGGAGGCCCAGCAGUGCAAUGGGAUUUACAUCUGGAAGAUCGAGAACUUCAGCGGCCUGCAGAAGGCCCAGGAAGAGGAGAAGCCUGUGGUGAUGCACAGCCCUGGCUUCUACACCGGGAAGCCUGGCUACAAGCUGUGCCUGCGGCUGCACAUCCAGCUGCCCAGCGCCCAGCGCUGCGCCAACUUCAUCUCGCUGUUCGUGCACACCAUGCAGGGGGAGUACGACAGCCACCUGCCCUGGCCCUUCCAGGGCACCAUCCGCCUCUCCAUCCUCGACCAGUCGGACGGCCCCGAGCGGCAGAACCACGAAGAAGUGAUGGAAGCCAAGCCAGAGCUGUUGGCCUUCCAGAGGCCGACGAUUCACCGCAACCCCAAAGGCUUCGGCUACGUCACCUUCAUGCACCUGCAGACCCUGAAGCAGAGAACCUUCAUCAAGGACGACACCCUCCUGGUGCGCUGCGAGGUCCUCACGCGGCUGGACCUCAACAGUCUGCGCAGAGAAGGCUUCCAGGCUCGCAGUGCUGAUGGAGCCCUGUAGCCUCUGGCUGAGGGAGUCACAGAAUGGAAGGGCUUGGAGGGGACCUCCAGAGAUCAUCCAGUCCAGCCCCUUGCCAGAGCAAGGUCACCCAGGACAGGUCUCACAGGAACACAUCCAAAUAGGUCUGGAAGGGCUCCAGAGAAGGAGACUCCACAACCUCUUUGGGCAGCCUGCUCCAGGGCUCUGGCACCGUCACUCUCCUACUCCCUUGGCACCUCCUCUGCUCCAGCUGGCACCUGUUGGCCCUUGUCCUGUCCUUGGACACCCCUGAGCAGAACCUGGCUGCGUCCUCCACACACUGCCCUGCAUAUCUUAAUCACCAGCAAUGAGGUCAGCCCUCAGGCUCCUCUGCUCCAGGCUCUAAGCCCCAGAGCUCCCUUAGCCUAGUCUCACAGAAGGUGCUGCCUGCAGCAGCUUGGUGGCUCUGGGCUGCACUCUCAAGUGGUUUCCUACGGUCCUUCUUGAACUAAGGGGCCCAGAACUGGACACAAUAUUCCAGAUGUGGCCUAACCAGAGCAGAGAGGCAGCAGAACCUCUCUUGACUUACCCACCACAGCCCUUCUAAUCCACCCCUGGAUGCCCUUAGCCUUCUUGGCCACAGGUGGCCAUUGCUGGCUUGUGGGCAUCCUUCUGUCCACCAGGACCUCCAGAUCCCUUUUUCCAGAGCUGCUCUCUCACAGGUCAGUCCCCACCCUACAGUGGUCCAUGGGAUUGCUCUUUCCCAGGUGCCAGACUCAACCCUUACUCUUGUUGGUUCUCAUUCCCUUUCUCCCCACCCAACUCUCUAGCCUGGCCAGGUCUGGCUGAAUGGCAGCACAGCCUGAGGGGGUGUCAGGCACCGCUCCCAGUUCGGUGCCAUCAGCAAACUGGCAGGCAGUGCCCUCUGUAUGCUCAGCCAGAUCAGCUGCUUCAUCACCCAUACAGACUGCAUCUGGAGAAGGUCAGAGCUGCCAUCAUCACUGAUCUCCACCUGAGCAGAACUUUGUUGGUGCUGCUUUACUCUUAUGGUUUGGGGUUUGUUUUCUCUGAGCAUCUAUGUCCAGCUCUUUGCUGCUGUUCUCUGCUCAAAGGACUCAGCUAUUUCUGUAUCAAGCUCAAUGGAGUGUGGGUGAUCAGAAUUUAAGCGCCUAGAAGAAAAUCCUGUUGGAGUGCCCAGACAUCUCCUUUUGGGAACACUUCAGUCAGGUCAGGGAAGUUCUGUAAAUCUUUUCACCUCGGUGCCUUACAGCAAAGGCUGUGGCAGGGAGACAGCCAGAGGAGUAAGGGUGAAGGGAUUGCUGUUUGCUUUGCACGCGGCUUGGCAGAGUUGAGAGUUUCUGUGUUGUCUUGCCUAGAAUUUGGAACUAGCCACGUUGCUCUUGAGAUCUGAAGUCAUGGCAAGACUCUGCUAGGCUGAGAUGUGCUUUCAGCCUUGUCCGCUGCUGGGUUAGCCUCCAGAAGCUGCCUGUUGCUGUAGCCUGGUCUCAGUCUCUCUGGAAGCCAUGUGGCAGAAUUGUGCUGCAAGCUGAGUGACUCUGAGCUGAGUGCUCUGCAGCAAUGUGUGAUGUGGUCUGAAAGCCCCUCCAGAUUCCUCUUCUGCUGAGUCUCAUCAUGUGUGCUCCGGGCCCAGGGUGUCAGCCACCAUCACCAGAGGCAGGGCAGCCUAAGGGUUGGAUGGCACAGCUCUGUGUGGUGGGGUCUUCACCUGAAGCUGAUCAUGGUUCAGAGUGAGUGGACACAGGAGUAAAAGUCUCUGCUGAGUGGAGAGGGGGAUGCAGAGUUUGGUUAACUGGGAAUGUAACCUGAGUUUGCACCAAAGCUGAGCUCAUGCCCUGCAUCUCUACAAACGAUCUCUUGGUGCUCUGGGUGAUAUCUGACCUCUGGCACCACCUGUGGCUCCUCAGUGGGCAUCUGGCUGGAGCAGCAUUCAGCCACGGUGGGUGUGCCCUCUCCCAUUAGCUCACAGGAGCCACCCUCAGAGCGUCGGAGAGGCAGAGGAGCCUGUUGCUAAUUAGAGUGUGAGAAGCUGCAAUCCUCUUUGCCCUUGGGAAGAAUUCCAUAGUUGUUGGGCAGGGUUGGAUGGGGCUUUGAGCACCCUGCUCUAGUGGGAGGUGUCCCUGCUGUGGCGGGGAAGGAGGGGGGUGGAACUGGAUGCACUUCAGGGUCCCUUUCAACUUACUCCACUCUCUGACUGUCCCAAACACUGGAUUCUCUCUGCCCAGGUUCCCCGAGCUUCCUAAAGUUGCAGGACUCCUUCCCUGGGAUUGUGUGUGGGGCCAAGGUUUGGUUUGAUCAGUCCAAAGCUGAACAGGGCCAAGCUCACUGGUGCUGAAAGUUUGAACUUCUUAUGGUGCUGAUCAAACUCUGAAACUUGUCAUGAAAAAGAGGGGAAGGAAAAACAUUUUGGUCACCCCAGAACCUGAUAGCAAGGAAAGAACUCAGCCAUACCUAAAGCAGAUCUACAGAGUUUCUGUGAGCUGCUGGAACAACCCAAGGACCUCAGGCAUUGCAGGAUUCCAGUUUUUCAUCCCCACCAGAGCAAUCCCAAGGGGACCAUUAGUGGGGAAGAUGCAUCUGCUUCAUAGCUAGAAGGCUGCUGAAAGACUGCUCUGGUGUGUAGCUCUGGGAGGAUGCUCUGCCUGCUUGCAUGGCAUUCAAAGUUCCAGGCCCCAACCUACCCCUUUGCUUAUCAGCUCCAGAUGAGUGAAAUACCUUUUGCAGACAGAGCCCUGCAGUGAGCUGCAGAAGGGCUGUGUUCAGUGGGGCAUCCUGAGCUUCCUGACUGAUGGAAAUGCAGCCAGGUGGGGACUUUGGUGUCUCCUGUGUGAGCAUAAGUGACUCACACCGGGAGAAGAGCCCUGCUUGGAAGCUGUCUUUGCAAACCUCAGCAGCAGUGUUCGCACUGAACAGCCUUGUCCUGUUAGCUCGGUGGGGUUUGGAGCAUCUUCACUUGGAGCCUUUCUUGAAGCUGAACCAUUCGUAGCCUAGAGCUGUUCAUAGGCUUGGCAGUGCCCAUCAAACACUGCACAGCAGUUCUCCAGUCACUCCCAAGCUCUGGCAGUUACCCAGUUAUCUUCUCAAGGUGCUCAGAGACUCCCAUUCUCCUCUCUUCUGUUUGGAGGUUGUUUUUCUCUUGUGGGGCAGAACAGACACUUGUGAGGGCUGCCUCCUGCCACACUUCUUCUCCACCCUGGUGGUAUUAACAAAAAUCUUACUCUGGUGUUCUGAUAGUUACUACCCAACCUCCACUCUGUUCAUUCAACUUUUGCUUUCCUUCUGAAGCUUUCCAUCAUGGCCUGAAGUUUAGCUUUGAGCCCUGUCUGCAGGAUCUGAGGUACUUCUACCUUGGGAGGAAACUCAGGUUCAGGAGCUGAAAUGGUUCAUCUUUCACUGUUCUGCAACAGCACAGCCCAACAGGGACUAGAAAGCUGUUGCUUGAGCCACAGUCAGAGGAAUGCUUUCUGCAUUGCUGCCCUUGGGCUGGGUUUGUAUUGGAGCAGCACCACGGAGUGAUGCCAAACGACUCUUAACAGCAGAGGCUGACAGCAGGAGUCUUUCAGAGCUCCUUUGCUAGCAGUUCCAUUUUAGCAGUCAUGAGAAAUUCUAUGUGUUAAUGAAGGAUUUCUGCACCUUCUGGUUCCAUUUUCCUCUUGCUUCCUCCACCUUCUAACCUCCUCUUCAUUUUAACUGCAGUUCAGAGCUUUCUCCAACAAUAAUGUCAUUUGCAGCUAACGGAAGACCUUAGGAGUCUGCAUUGGUAUAAUCCCUGGGGAUCUUCAAAGUCAGGCUCAACAGGGCUCUGGGCACCUUGGAUCUAAGGGAGGAUGUCUCUGCUGACUGCAGGGAGGUCGAAGGUUCUUUCCAACCCAGACUGUUCUGUUACUGUCACCAUCUGAAGGAGCCAUCUUCACCACUGUUACCACUAUUGCCAUCUUCACCACUAUUCCCAAACUGCCUAAGGUCAGCACAGAGAGAUUCUGUUUCUCUAGGUAAAUAUUCCCCUGCAAGAGCCUCUUUUUCUUUUCCCCUGCCUCCAAAUGUCAUCUUUUCCCUUGAGACAUUGUUUUGCCAUCAUGGAUUUGAGAUGGAACUGCUAGGAAGCAGGAAGGUCCUCAGUGCCCUGAGCUGUCUCUAAACCAGAUCCAAAGAAACCUGUGGACUGGAGCAGUCUCCUGUGGUGUUUCUUCAGGAAUGGGCCUCAGUUCUGGCACUUGUGAUGCUUUGCAUCAUUGCUGGGUCUUGAGAAGGUGCAGAAGAGUGGUUUUAGCUUCUUUGACCUUCCAAAUUUCUGUUGUCUUGAAUGUAUUUGAAGCCACCCCUCUUAGGAUGUGUAUUGCAAAGCUGCUAUGGCACAGAUUUGUCCUGGCCUAGGGGUUUUCUUUGUGCCCCUGAAUGUCUUUCCCCUGCAGGGCAGGGACAGUUUCUUUGACUCCAGAUGUUGGUCUGUAAUGUCCACAUGGGAGCUCAGGCAGUGUGAGAUGUACAGGCUUGUUAGUGGGCUGGUGAUCUGCCUGCUGCUGUUUGCUGUCAAGGGAUUAAAGCAUCAGAGCGGGGUGGCCUGUCUGCACUUAUUUGGAGAUGUUCUCAGGGCACAGGGAUUGAGGAUGGAGCAGAAGGCAGCUCUGAGGUCACUGGUAAAGGUUUACUGUGCUUAUUUGCCUUUUUGAACAGAAGGAAAGUCCUCCUGUUCCUCUGCAAGUCUCCAUAGAUGGGUUUAAUAUAUUUUGUAAUGAAUGCCAACCAGACUGCUGCCAGGGUUGGGAAAAUAAACAACAGAAACCAUG